AUGGGCGGAAAAGAGGCGGAUGCAGACAAAAAUAAGUGACCAAAAAAGUUGGUCUACGUGCCUUCCUCAAAGUUCUCCUCGGCUUAUAAAUCAGACCCUUUGGGCCAUCACUGUGGAGGAGAUAGGGAAGCUUCUGGUCGGCCAUAGAUACUUGUAUUUAGAUACCUUUCAUAUCAUAUUCAGAGAAUCAUUUCUGGGGUUCUGAAAAAAGAGUGAAAAGAUGUUGGAAGGAAAAGCUACUAUUAAGGAAACAGACAUGCCGGAGAAGAUGCAGAUUCAGGCCAUGGCUUGUGCUUCUCAGGCUCUUGAUCUCUAUGAUGUUGUUGAUUGCAUCUCGAUUGCUGCCCAUAUCAAGAAGGAGUUUGAUAAGAUUCAUGGGUGUGGAUGGCAAUGUGUGGUUGGUUCAAAUUUUGGCUGUUUCUUCACUCAUACACCAGGGACUUUCAUGUAUUUUGCUCUGGAGACCCUCAAUUUCCUUAUCUUCAAGGGAGCCUCUUCUUAAAUUCAUAUAUAUAUAUAUAUAUAUAGAGGGAGGGAGGGAGAGAGAGAGAGAGAGAGAGAGAGAGAGAAUCCUAGGGCUAGGGGCAAUAAAUGAUAUUAUGGUAGUGGAUUAAUCUUCUUUUACAUAAUUAGAUUAAGUAUGAUGCUACUUUGUAUAGACGGUAGACUAGUAGUGAAACAGUCACUAUCGAUCUUCUGGAUGAAUGCAGCUGUGCCCCAAAUAUGCCUCUCUGUAGUUUUAUUAGAAUUAAGAGCUAAAUUAUCUGCUCUCUGUUUAAUUGCCAUUGUUUUGGGUUAACUAUCACUUUUCUGUAGUCAAAGUUCAUGUUCAUGGUGAUAACCAUCGCGCGUCACCAUGUGCUGUAGGAAUCUUGUCACUUUCGCUAGGCCAGCUUCUUCUUAAUGCCUGCGAACUUGGAUGUAAUAUUAGAAUAUUAAUUAAAUUAUUAAAUUAUUAUUUAUUAUUA